AAAAUAACAGCUUGUAUAAAACUGUAGUUGAAAAUAAAAUGACCAGAACUCUUAUAUCCAGGCUACAUAUCAAUUUGACUGCUGCAGCAGUAUUCAUACUAAUACUAAUAAUCACCAAAGGUAUCAUCUAUUCUAUCAUUGAAGACUCGUUGCCGUCCGCAGAAGACCCGAGCUUUGUUCCGGGUGCAAAGUCAAUAUUCUUUCACGACACAUCUUGCCGAGGCGGCCUGACUAUACGUCAAGCGUGUUCGGUAGAAGCAGCCGCCAGAGCACACCCUGAGCACAUUAUCUACGUGCUGUUCAGCUGUCCAGUCACCAACUACGCGCAGAAGACGACCUGCCUCGCGAAGCUCCUCGAAUUCCCCAAUGUGAAGUUCCUGAGAGUCGACAUUACUGAAUUUUCCAAAGGAACAGCCGUGCAGUCUAUAGUACUCAACGAUAUAAAACUUAGUCUAUACCCAAAACAUCAUGCAGCCGACAUACUGAGAAUAUUGACCCUUAACAAAUGGGGUGGCAUAUAUCUGGACACAGACAUGAUUGUGACGAGAUCUUUAGAGCAUUUUCCGAAGAAUUUUGUCGCUAAAGAAAAUCUAAAUGACGUCGCUUCGGGCAUCCUGUCUUUUGCGAAAGACGGAAUUGGUGCCAACAUAACUAAUAAAAUUCUCAAAACCAUGGGCCAAGACUAUAACCCAACGGCUUGGUCAAUUGUUGGUCCAGCAGCCAUAGACAAGGUGCUGAAAAUGUACUGCCCUCAGCUGAUUCACUCGCCCUACUACAGUAACUGUCAUGGCAUUACAGUAUUCACCUUCGAGUUGUUCUAUCCAUAUUACUACACGGAGACCGCAGAUAUAUUUAGUGCUCCAACAGAAGAUUUCGACUUGGAAGGACCUUACGCUUACCAUAUGUGGGACUUCUUGUCGCAUAACAUAUCUAUUCACAAGGACACGGUGUACGAAAUUGUUGCUGGCGCCUUCUGCCCUACGAUCCAUGACACGUACAGAGAUGAAUUUUGUGUAGUAGUUUGAGCAGUAGAUUUAGUGGUUUGGAAUAUACAUAUUAUUUUCGGUUUGCCAGAGCUUUGUUUCACUUUGGUGCGCAACCAUUUUUCUGUAGAAAUUAUUUUUGAAGCGUGAUUUGUAUCUUCAGUGAUAUAUUUUUAUUUUGCUGUUUCUUUAAACUAACUUAAAGUUUUAAUGACGCAAAAUAUUCACAACAUCAUAACAUAACAUUUGACACAACACAUAACAUUUGACAAACAAACAUAUUACAUUUGAGCAUAAUAUUAAUGUCGAUAUCUACAUUACCUAAGUAGGUACAGUCAACUUGAGGUCAGUGGUAACAGUUUUAUAGGAAAAUCGUACGUAUUACUAUUGAGUUAAGGUGCAUGACAGUUACCACUGAUGU